UCUAACAGGUGUAUUUCAUAAACAAAUAUCAGUGACUUUGAACCCCAAAACAUCAAACGCUAAGAAGGAGCAAAUUUUCAAGACGAGGAGAGUUAACUCCAAGACUCCUUCAACAUUUCGGAUCUGAUCACUGGUUAAGAAAUUCUCUUUCUAACCAGGAAACGGGCGGUCGACAGUAGACGGAAGAAUUAUAAGGCAGAAAAAACCACUGGAAUGAACAGACUAGCAAUCGCAAGAAUAUGCUUAACGGCGCUAUUUGUACUGCACUUUUCGGAAGCGAUCCCAUCAGAAUCCAAGGCAAGUGCACAUAUAAACGGAAAAACUGCCAUAGACAAGAAAGUUUUGGAGAGAAUUAUAAAACAGAAAACCGCUGAGGCCAUCAAGAAGCUCGAAAAACAAUUCAAAUUAACAUACAUGGCGUACACCUCAACAAAUGACAAAGGCAAGAAGUUGCAGGCGCAUAAGAAACUUCAAGACUUGGUGGACGUCGUCAAAAGAGAAUCAAAAGCAAAUCUAGAAACGUCCAUCAAAGCUUACAAAUUUGAUAUUAGUCGGCUGUCUGACAAAGACACUGCUCAGCUGUUGUAUUCUUCCUACGUAAGAAACAAAAGGCAGUCAUUAUGGGGUUCGUGUCAGCCUGUUUGUCAGCACCGAUGCCUUCCGACCUGCAACCUGCUCUGUUGCCUGACCACACCAUUCGUUGUACCGAAGAAAACUGUGAAGAUGAUCGAGAAGCAACUUGCUUUAAAGAAAUUAAAGAAAAAGAGCAAGAUCUCCAAGAAACAUCCAAAGAAAAAGGGGAAAGUCUGUGAACCCAAAUGCCGGAAAGCCUGCUUGCCGUCUUGCAAGUUUAGUUGUUGUUUUUCCCCCUCAAAAAAUUAAGUUUUGGUGAAGAUGCAGCAAGCCAUUUUGAGAGUGUUGUUCUCAUUGAUAUGGAUAAUCAGACGAGAAACUUACGUCAGAGCUGUUAGAUUAUGACUAUUAACUUACACGUAGUUAUAAAAGUGCUCUUUUGUGAGACUUAGAAGUGGGUUUACGAUCUUGCUUCACUGUUGGGAAAGUCCAUCAAAUGACGACAGGAAUAGAAGAAGUUAUGUUCUUUGCAUAAAAUGCUGGGAGGAAGAGAUGUCCGUGGUCUCAACAGGGUGUAAGGGCGGUUUUUUCCUUCUUUUAAUAGUAAUUAUAUCUCAUCUAGAUAGAAAGGAUCUGAAAAAAAGUUAUAGCAUCAUCAGACCUUUUUCUUCUGUCGUCCUCUCGUGAUGGGAAUUUCAUCAUUUCAUUUCAUUUCAUUUUCAAGAGAAAAAACAUUGUACUGUAAAACUAAUUUUCUGCACAAAA